AUGGCUCACAAGAUUUCCUCCUUUCUCUCAUUCCUUGCAAUCCUAGCAGCCCUACAACUCGCUACAGCCGUGGACUACACAGUCACCAACACGGCUGCGGCUACUCCUGGUGGUGUUAGGUUCACCAACGACAUCGGGGUUGAAUACACAAACCAAACUUUAGCCUCAGCCACAUGUUUCAUAUGGAACACAUUCCAACAAAACACUGAAAACGAUAGAAAGAAUGUAGCAAGCGUAAGCGUGUUCAUUGAUGACAUGGAUGGUGUUGCUUAUGCUUCCAACAAUGAGAUUCAUGUUAGUGCAAGGUACAUUCAAGGGUACUCUGGUGAAGUUAAGACUGAGAUCACUGGCGUACUUUAUCAUGAGAUGACACAUAUUUGGCAAUGGAAUGGUAAUGGUCAAGCUCCGGGAGGAUUGAUUGAAGGAAUUGCCGAUUACGUGAGGCUAAAGGCUGGGUAUGCGCCUAACCAUUGGGUUCAGCCAGGACAAGGGGACAGAUGGGACCAAGGGUACGACGUGACGGCCCGAUUCCUUGACUAUUGUAAUGGUCUUAGAGAUGGGUUUGUGGCCGAACUUAAUAAGAAAAUGAGAGAUGGUUAUAACGAUGGUUUUUCCGUUGACUUGUUAGGAAAGACGGUUGAUCAACUAUGGGCCGAAUACAAAGCUACUUAAGAAUAUAAAUAGCUAGCUUGUAAUGGAAGUUUCAUAUACUUAUUUAUAUUUAAAAUAAUGGGCGUUUAUGUUUUGUAUUUUCACCAUUACUAUUGUACAAGUAUUUGUUGAAUAAUAAUUGAACCGUUAUUAAUCUAA